AUGGUGGAAAGACUGCGGGAUUAUCCUUAUUAUUUUUCCGCUGCUGCCCGCAUAAACGAAUUUUUGGCUCUACCGGAGCGUGACGACCAGCAAAAAAAUCUGCUUAUUUCUGAGCCCAUAAAAAGUCUAAGUUUUGAAAAGGUCGUUUUUGGUUAUGAGCAAGAUAAACCAGUUUUGAACGGAUUAGAUUUACAUUUUCAGAAAGAAAGCCACAAACAAAUAUUUAUUUUUGACGAAGCCGAUAAUGCUUUAGACGCUAACAACCGACAAAAAUUUCAACAACGUUGUGCCGAACUGGCCCGAGACAAACUGGUCAAAAAAAAAGUUAUGCCAAACAACAACCAACUUAAUAUUCAACAUCUAAACAGCGUUAAUGCCGAGCUGCAAGAAGCAAAAAAACAAUUAAGAAUUAGAAAAAGGGUAGUAGAAGAAAUAAAAGGCAACGAAGAACUUCAUUCUCUUAUCAUCAAGACCAAACAAAAUCAAAAUGUUUGGAAGUUGAAAAAAAUUGAUGAAGCAACAACGGUAACAAAAAGAAACAAAGCAAUUAGGGAUUAUUUUGUCAAAACUUUAACUGAAUUUUGUAGUGAACUUGCGGACAAAUUGAGUAAGGAAUUAGAUCGAGAAGAAAUUAACUAUCCUUCUCCAAAUA